UUUGAGUCAAAUCUCUCCCCGUUAAGUCUCCUGAAUGGCCGUAUCUAUGUCUGUGAGUCUGUCUACGGCUCAUAUCCACCGUAAACCACCAAAACCUCCAUUAGCAACCCCUGAACCUUAGCCUAAAACCCUAAGCUUCGGUACUGUCUCCACACUCAACAGCUCCACCAGACCAUUACCAUUACUAAACGUUCUCCUUUCCGCAUAAUGAAUGCUUGUAGCUGGAGUGUACAUGGAGCGGAUUAAGAAAUCCAUUGUUUUAUAUUCCAUAAAUUGCUUCAUCGCUCGUCGAACCAUGUUCGUUCUUUUCCAUCGAUUAUUUCAUAUCAGACACAGAAGCAAAUGUCACCGUGUAAGCCCAAUUUCGUACAAUUUCUUGAUGUUUGUUAAUGAUUUUAUUUGCUUUUCCCACUGCUCGCUGGCCAGAAGCACCAAAUAUAGUAAUUCUGAGGGAGCUUUCUUGGAUGCCCAAAUGAUAAAGAAAAUUGUUCAUGAAGGUAGGUGGGAUGAUUUUGGAAGAUUGGGACUCUGUGACUCUGAUUUAACUUCCACUUGGAUCUCCAGAAUCUUGGUGGAGCUAAGACAGGAACCUAAGCUAGCUCUUAACUUGUUUAAUUGGGCAAAAGCACGGAGUUCAUUUCAUCAUACCACAGAGAGUUAUUGUCUGCUUGCUCACAUUCUGUUCUGUUCAAGAAUGUAUAGUGAUGCAAGCAAUGUUCUAAAAGAACUGAUCAGUUUGAACAGUGGAAAUAAGGCAGUGUUACUUGACAUCCUGUGGUCAACUAGAAAUGUCUGUGUUCCAGGUUAUGGAAUUUUUGAUUCCUUUUUCAGUGUAUUAGUAGAACUGGGAUUUCUAGACGAUGCAUCUAGGUGCUUUUUAAGGAUGAGAAGUUUUAAGGUGUUUCCUAAAACACGAUCUUGCAACCAUCUUUUGGAUAGACUUAUAAAGGAAGGAAACCAAGUUAUGUCCUGGAAUAUUUUUGAGGAUAUGAUUGCUUCCGGACCUUCCCCGAACGUGUACACAUAUAAUGUAAUGAUUGGUUAUUUGUGCAAAGAAGGGAACUUGGAUGCUGCAAGAAGAUUAUUUGUACAGAUGAAAGGGAACAAGGUUAGUCCCGAUAUUGUUACAUAUAAUUCUCUAAUUGACGGGACUGGAAAGCUAGGGGAGCUUCACGAAAUGAUUUCUAUAUACGAGGAAAUGAAGGAAGCUGGGUGUAGUCCUUGUGUAAUAACAUAUAAUACAAUGAUUAAUUGCUUGUGUAAAUAUGACAAAAUGGACAAGGCAUUCAAAUAUUUGAAUGAGAUGAAGAGCAGUGGUAUAAAACCCAACAUAGUGACUUAUAGCACAUUUGUUGAUGCUUUCUGCAAAGAAGGGAUGCUGCAAGAAGCCUUUAAAUUUUUUGUGGACAUGAGGCGAGUUGGUCUGCUUCCCAAUGAGUUCACUUAUACAUCCUUAAUUGAUGCAACCUUUAAAGCAAGGAAGAUGGACGAAGUUCUGAAAUUAGUCAAAGAGAUGUUGGAAGUGGGACUCAAGCUCAACAUAGUUACCUACACAGUAUUACUAGAUGGUCUUUGUGAAAAAGGGAGGCUUACAGAAGCUGAAGAUGUUUUUAGAAUAUUAUUAAAAGACGGGAUAAUCCCUAAUGAAAAGUCUUUCACUGCUCUAGUGCAUGGGUAUAUGAAAUCAAAAAGAUUGGAAGAUGCUAUGAAUAUUUUGGAAAUGAUGGAGGAAAAUAAUAUCAGGCCGAACGAGUUACUCUAUGGAACUGUUAUAUGGGGACUUUGCCAACAAGGGAAGUUUGAGGAUGCAAAGAUUUUUUUUGAUGAAAUGGAGGGGAAAUGUAUUGAAGCGUCUUCUGUGGUAUUCACCACACUCAUUGAUGCUUUCUUUAAGGCCGGAAAGUCCAUAGAAGCACACGACAUGCUAAGUGAGAUGCAAAAAAGAGAUAUUAGCCCUACCGUGGUGACAUAUUGUACAUUAAUUGAUGGUUUGUGCAGUUUGGGUUUCGUACAGGAAGCAAUUGAUCAUUUCAAUAAUAUGCCAAACAUUGGUUUGCGACCUAAUCUGAUGGUUUACACAGCACUUAUAGAUGGGCUCUGUAAAAAUGCAUGCCUAGAGGCUGCCAAAACAUUUUUUAACGAAAUGCUUCAGAAAGGUAUACUUCCGGAUAAAGCUACUUACACGUCUCUGAUUGAUGGAAACAUGAAGCAGGGAAAUGUGCAGGAUGCCUUGUUUUUAAAGGAAAAAAUGAUUGAGAAUGGUAUUGAACUUGACCUUCUUGCUUACUCGUGUUUGAUUCGGGGUCUUUCAAGGAAUGGUCAAGUGGAACAAGCAAGAUGUUUUCUUGAAUGACAUGGUGAAGAGGGGUUUUGAAUAAGAGAAAGUCAUUCUUCCAGAACGAUAUAGUGACAAAUGCAAUUUACAGCAAUCACAAUUCAUAAGAGAUUUUGCUGUUCAACUUCAAAAUAGAGCCCUGAGAGUUAAAAUUUGUCUCAGCGUUUUCAUGUCAAUUGGAAGAGUGGAACCCAAGAAGAUGAUAUUGUUUCUCUAUCCACACUUUGUGAUCUUCAAAGCUGCGGUAAUGUCAACUUACCCACAUGCAAUGAGGAUAGUUUUAGGUGACAACUCUCAUUGACCUGUGAAUGAAUCAAGUCUUGUGUGAAUGAAUCAAGCUGUGCUUGCAGCUUGCUGUUAUGGCUAUGUAAUCAUCAUGUUAAGGUAGAAGGUACAAGACUAGUCCAUGGACUGAUAGAACUCAGCGGAAGGUGAGCAAGAGUGAUUCCUAGAAUGGUAGAGGAUUCACUCCACUACUAAUAACAUUCAUUCUGCAUGUUGAUCACUUGUAUUUUUUUGUGACCGUUUUUCUUCUGUGUACAGGGAGUGCAGUUUUAGCUUUUGAGAAGUCAGGCAGUCCGAGAAUAAUGAUUACAGAAUGGAACUGCCUGUUUCAUUUCUAUUGACAACGGCCACAUAUAUGCAAUUAGUUUGAUCUUUUAGGUAUAAGUUCUUCAAAUAGCACAUUUUGACCCCUCCAUGCCCGUCCUUACUCUUCGUUUGCUUAUGUAGUUGCACAGGUACACACUUGAAAUUCAAUAGAAUUUUCCAAUGCUGCAGAGGGGUACAUGUCUUGUUGAUGUACAUCUUUGCUUGUGGUGAUUUUUUAAUUAUUACAGAACCCACCACUUGUGGGGCUAAUUUGAUGACCCUCCUCCACACAAGGGCGCUCCCUCAUCCCCACUGCCCUUGCCCUAGGCAUGGUUUGAUGAGGCAUAUCACAAGAGUGGAGCUCAAAGACCGUCAAACUUUUCAUAUCCACCCUCGAUCAACCGGGGCAAACAAGCGUGCUGCGUAUCACUACUUGCAGACAUGAAGAUGGGAAUGUGAGCCACACAAAACUUUCCAAAAAGGGAAAUGAGAACUAUUUGCUGGGACGGUCCAAAAACGAAACCGAGAACUAUUUUGCAGGACGGAGGGAGUAAUAAGUUAAGAAGCUUUGUAAAAAACAUGUAUUUAAUGAUAAUUCCAAUAAAUGAUAAUAAUUCUUUUAUACUACGUAUGUAUUUAAUGAACUUUUGUAUGUAUUUACAUAUGCCUAUUGCAUAGGGCCUGUUUACUUUUGACUUAAUGGGCUUAAUAGAAACUCUGACUCAUUCGUUCAACUAUAUGUUCAUGUUUACUUAUGACUUAAUAUAAAAUGUGACUUAUUCGCCC